AUGGUGGGUGUUUUGGUUCAAGAGUUCUCGAAUGGAGUGAUGAUGCCUGCAGUCAGUUUGGGCUGUUGGGAGCUGAAAGGCGAUGCUGAUUCCACUCCCAUAGCAGUCAAGGCUGCUUUGGACGAGGGCUACUACGCUCUGGAUGACGCACAGAUCUACGGUAACGAACAUGUUAUUGGACCUAUAGUUGGAAGCUUUACUAAAGACCAGAUGAAGGCGGUCGCCAAGUUCGACCCUACUCAAGACGGAACGCCCUUCAAGGUCGUCUCGGAAGACAAGUUUCUGGAGUCGUUCGAAAAGCCGCAUGGUAAGCCUGAAGACGACCGUGCCGUGUUUGUAACUACCAAGAUCUGGUGCACCAAUUUCACUCCAGAGGGGAUA